AUGGGUUCCUUGACCUCCUCAAGCCUCUGGAAUGCUGUCCAAGAAAGCUUUGGAGUUAUAAACAAAUCGAGAGUCACUUUUCUUAUUAAUGAACUUCAAAGGACAAGGAAAGGUAAGAACAUCUUUCACAAUGAUCUUGUAACACAAGUUCUAGAUGGGCUUGAUGAAGAGUAUACUCCUAUAGUGGUUCGGAUCAACAGCAGGGAAUCAAUCUCCUGGCAUGAACUGCAAUCUGUAUUGAUGACCUAUGAGAGUCUAAUUGAGCAUCUCAAUGCUGUGAAAAAUAGCUUAGCAUCUGUUUACCUUAGUCAAGCCUCUGCUAAUUUUGUGCUUAGAUCUAGCUUUAACAUAGGAAGUAGGUCGAAUUUUGGUGGAAAAAGCUUUAACUAUAAAGGUGGAAGAGGUAGAGCCAGAGGAUCAACAAAUGAAGGAAGUGCUGCUGGAGGGGAAGCUUAA